GCCGAAGUGGAGGGCGGAAAGCGGGGAAGAAAAGCCUCCCCUCCGCCGGCGCCGCCGCUUGUCCCCGGAGGCCUCUGGGAAGAGAAACUCCGCCUCCCUUCGUCGCUCGGCUUCUCUGUGAGGGGACGGCGGGAGGGGGGGGGAGACCAACCUCUGAGGGACCCCGUCUUCGGACCCCGCUUUUCUCCAACUUCUCGGGUGUUUUUAAAGGCUCCUUUCCCGACGGCUGCGCCGGGAAGAGUCAGUUCUUCUUUUAAUUCCUUCCAGGAGUGAAGGAAGGAUGGUGGUUGAUGAUACCCAAGUCCCAGGAACAGUCUCUGCAUCCCCGGGCGUCUUCUGAAACUGCCGCCGCCACCACCACCACCCCCAAACACCAGUUUUUUGGUUUUCGAACAAACAGAGGAGGAAUUAUAAAUGCGUGAGAGAAGACCCGGGAAGCUGAAGGAGAGGACGGAUCCGACGCUGCCGAACAAGAGGAGGAAAAAAAAGGAGUGCCUUCCAGGUCCUUCGAGCGAAGAGUAACCCUCUCGGCCUGUUGGUUUCUUUGUCGUUGUUUUUUUCUUUUUGUAAAGUAAUGUGAGGUAUCCGUACCAUGCGUGGUCGAUUGUUAGCCCACAGGCGCUGAAAGACGUUUGGUCUUUUCUUGCACAUGUUUUCCCCUGACUGGCUGUGGAAGAAAGACCUGUGGAGAAGGAUUAAAGAGGAAGGGAACGGAACCCUGUCCUAUCAGUUUGUGCCCGUUGGAUUACUUCAGACCCCUUGACUAAGGGCUGCUCCUGUUAGACCAUCUCUUUCUCCCACCAGGCAUAUUCAUUGCCUUUUGUGGCUUUCCAGGGCUUGGGGAUCGUUUAAUGAAUGGACAUUAUAGUCAGGCGGGAUGGCUACUCAGCGGUUUGAGAUGGUUUUGGAAGUCAUGCGAAGUUGCUAAAAAGAGCUGAUAUUUCUGGAAAACGUGGACUUCUGUCAAAGAUUCAUCAGACAAGAUGAUGUGCGAGGUGAUGCCAACCAUCAGUGAGGCAGAGAUUCCUUCAGGAGGAAAUGGACACCAUGGUUCAGGGUCUCCACUACAAUCUGAUGCUGAUUCCCAUUUUGAACAGUUAAUGGUAUCUAUGUUAGAGGAACGUGAUCGGCUCCUGGAUACACUGCGAGAAACUCAAGAAACGCUAGCGUUAACACAGGGGAAACUGCACGAAGUUGGUCAUGAAAGGGAUUCUCUCCAGCGACAGCUGAAUACUGCACUUCCCCAGGAGUUUGCAGCACUUACUAAAGAGCUUAAUGUAUGCAGAGAACAACUCCUUGAAAGGGAAGAGGAAAUUGCAGAACUGAAAGCUGAAAGAAACAACACAAGGUUGCUGUUAGAACAUUUGGAAUGUCUUGUCUCCCGGCAUGAACGAUCUCUUAGAAUGACUGUAGUAAAGAGGCAAGCUCAGUCUCCUGCAGGAGUUUCUAGUGAAGUUGAAGUUCUCAAAGCACUAAAGUCCUUAUUUGAACAUCAUAAAGCCCUUGAUGAAAAGGUGAGAGAAAGAUUACGAGUAGCACUUGAAAGAUGUAGUUUGUUGGAGGAAGAACUAGGUACUACACACAAGGAGUUAAUGAUUUUGAAAGAACAGAACAAUCAGAAAAGAACGCAAGCUGAUGGAAUGCCUGAUAUUAAUCAUGAUCAGGAGAAUCCUCCUAGCACUAAUGGAAAGAGAUCUUCUAAUGGCUCUCUGAGUCAUGAUGAAGACCUUGCUAAAGUAAUGGAACUUCAAGACAUCAUAGAAAAGCAAACUAAAGAGCAGGCGCAGAUGAAAGAACGAAUCACUGCCCUUUCCAGCAGAGUAACAGAACUAGAAGAAGAUCUUGACACUGCUAGAAAAGAUCUAAUAAAAUCUGAAGAAAUGAAUACAAAGCUGCAAAGAGAUGUACGGGAGGCAAUGGCUCAGAAGGAAGAUAUGGAAGAGCGGAUCACAACCCUUGAAAAACGCUACCUCGCUGCACAACGUGAAGCUACAUCUGUGCAUGACCUCAAUGAUAAACUUGAAAACGAAAUUGCUAAUAAAGAUUCAUUGUAUCGACAGAGUGAAGAUAAAAAUAGGCAGUUACAGGAACGUCUGGAACUAGCUGAGCAGAAAUUACAACAGACUCUAAGAAAAGCUGAGACUUUGCCAGAAGUGGAGGCUGAACUAGCUCAGAGAGUUGCAGCCCUUACUAAGGCCGAAGAAAGACAUGGUAACAUUGAAGAACGAUUGAGGCAGAUGGAAGCACAACUGGAAGAGAAAAAUCAGGAAUUGCUAAGGGCUCGACAAAGAGAGAAGAUGAAUGAAGAGCAUAAUAAACGUUUAUCUGAAACCGUUGAUAAACUUUUGUCUGAAUCAAAUGAAAGACUACAGCUUCAUCUUAAAGAAAGAAUGGCGGCCUUGGAAGAAAAAAAUGCUCUUCUUCAUGAAGUUGAACAUGCUAAGAAACAAGUAGAAGAAUUUCAGAAUGAAAAGGAUCAGCUGGUACUAAAUAUUGAAGCACUGAGGACUGAAAAUGAUCAGAUGAGGAUCAGGGGCCCUUCUCUUCAUCAUAGUCGAUCGCACAUGGGUAGUGUACCAGAUUUUGGAUAUCCACGGGCAACUAUGGCUGACAGUCAAACUGAUUCUUAUUCCACCUCAGUUUUAAGACGUCCACAGAAAGGACGUUUAGCAGCUCUCCGGGAUGAACCUUCAAAGGUUCAAACUCUUAAUGAGCAAGACUGGGAGCGUGCUCAGCAAGCAAGUGUCUUGGCAAAUGUUGCACAAGCAUUUGAGAGUGAUGCUGAUCUCUCAGAUGGUGAGGAUGACAGAGAAACCAUUUUCAGCUCCGUUGACUUGUUGUCACCUAGUGGUCAAGCAGAUGCCCAGACAUUAGCCAUGAUGCUUCAAGAACAGCUAGAUGCCAUCAACAAAGAAAUUAGGCUGAUACAAGAAGAAAAGGAGAACACUGAACAGCGAGCAGAAGAAAUUGAAAGCCGUGUGGGUAGUGGGAGUUUGGACAGUCUUGGCCGAUUUAGGUCAAUGAGCUCUAUUCCUCCUCCUUUUUCUGGUGGCACUCUUUCUGGCACUUCCCCACCUGGCAGUGGCCGCUCUACCCCCCGCCGAAUACCACACAGUCCUGCUCGGGAAGUAGAUAGACUAGGCAUUAUGACACUACCUAGUGACUUAAGGAAACAUCAUAGAAAGUCCCAGGUUUCAAGAGAAGAAGGUAGAGAUGACAAGGCCACAAUAAAAUGUGAGACGUCACCACCCUCUUCACCUCGAUCUCUUCAUUUGGAUAGAGCUUAUAAAGGAGCUUUGCAUACAAUGAGCCAUGAAGACAUAAGAGAUCUCAGAAAUUCCACAGGUUCUCAAGAUGGGCAAGGAAGCAAUCCUAGCAGCAGUAAUAGUAGCCAAGAUUCCCUUCACAAAGCCCCUAAAAAAAAGGGAAUCAAGUCCUCAAUUGGUCGCCUGUUUGGUAAAAAAGAAAAAGGUCGACCUGGACAGGUCAACAAGGAAAGCUUGGGACAAGUUACGGUAAUGGAAGCUGAUAACUCAACUCAGGACGGCUUGGGACUUGGAAAACUGGGAGGACAAGCAGAAAAGAACAGAAAACUACAAAAAAAGCAUGAAUUGCUUGAGGAAGCCCGGAGACAAGGUCUACCCUUUGCUCAGUGGGAUGGGCCCACUGUGGUUGUCUGGUUAGAGUUAUGGGUUGGAAUGCCAGCCUGGUAUGUAGCUGCUUGCCGUGCAAAUGUGAAAAGUGGUGCUAUAAUGUCAGCCUUAUCUGAUACUGAAAUACAGCGUGAAAUUGGAAUCAGUAACCCUUUGCAUAGGUUAAAGCUGCGACUCGCCAUUCAAGAAAUUAUGUCACUAACAAGUCCAUCUGCUCCUCCUACAUCAAGAACGACCACAGGAAAUGUCUGGGUAACACAUGAAGAAAUGGAAAAUCUUCCAUCUACACCACAAACGGAAGAUGAGGAAGGAUGCUGGGCUCAGACUUUAGCAUAUGGUGAUAUGAACCAUGAAUGGAUUGGCAAUGAAUGGCUUCCUAGUCUGGGGCUCCCUCAGUAUCGCAGUUAUUUUAUGGAAUGUCUUGUUGAUGCAAGAAUGCUGGAUCAUUUAACUAAAAAAGAUCUUCGUGGCCAGCUUAAAAUGGUUGAUAGUUUUCACAGAAAUAGCUUCCAGUGUGGCAUUAUGUGUCUGCGAAGGUUGAAUUAUGACAGGAAAGAACUUGAAAGAAAAAGAGAAGAAAGUCUAAAUGAGAUUAAAGAUGUCCUUGUCUGGAGCAAUGACAGGAUGAUUCAUUGGGUGAUAUCAAUUGGUCUUAAAGAAUAUGCAAAUAACCUCAUAGAAAGUGGAGUUCAUGGUGCACUUGUGGCCUUAGAUGAAACUUUUGAUCACAAUGCAUUAGCUCUUUCCUUGCAGAUACCCACGCAGAAUACACAGGCCCGCGCUGUGUUGGAGAGAGAAUUCAACAACCUUCUCAUUAUGGGCACAGAAAGAAGGUUUGAUGAAGAUGAUGAUAAAAGCUUUAGACGAGCACCUUCUUGGAGAAAAAAGUUUAGACCAAAGGAUAUAAGAGGUUUAGCUGCUGGAUCAGCAGAGACUCUCCCUGCAAACUUCAGAGUUACUGCCUCAAUGUCAUCGCCUUCUAUGCAGCCAAAGAAGAUGCAGAUUGAUGGCAAUGUAUCAGCAACACAAAGAUUGGACUCUGCUACAGUAAGGACUUAUUUAUGUUAAAGCCUUUCAUUGUUUAUCCCCACUAUUUCUACAGAUGAUCUGAAACAUUUUGAACUCAGAGAGACCAUAUUUUCGAAAUGACUGAAGUCAUUAAUAUGUUAAUACUUGUUAAAUCAAUACUUUGAAAAUAUUUUAUUACAGAGUUUUUAAUUAGCACAUGAAUUUGUGAGUACUAUAGAGAAAGUAUUUUAGAAUUAAAUGUUUCUUAUAUUUAUGUAUGUGAAUCCCAUUACCUAACUUGGUUAGUAUUCAGUUUUUAAAUCAGAUUAUUGUUACUUGUUAAUUUUAGAGUUUUUUCAUCUGAAUGUACUGUAAUGCUUGUAUGUAUCCGCCCCUAUCAGCAGUAUAGGGUUUUUGUAAAUUAUGCAGUUAUUGUAAUUAUAUGUAAUGGUUUUUAAUAAAGUGGUGAAAAGGA